AUGUCACGCGGCAGUGAGACAGACAGCCACCGCCUGUCGUUUUACGACGUGCUGGAAGUUUCUCGCACAGCCACCUUGGAAGAAAUCCGUCGAUCCUACCAAACCCUCGCCCUACGAUAUCACCCGGACAAGCGAAAAGCCCCGGAACGAGGGGAAGCAGUCGGCGACGAAAGCGCGGAUCAGUUCAUCCGCAUCGAUGAGGCGUGGAAAACGCUGCGGGAAGAACGUUUGCGUCGAAUUUACGACGCCGAGCAGAUGCAGCAGGCGGAGGAGUGCUUUGUGAACGAAAUCCUUACCGAGGCCGAUUUCGAGCGGGAUGCGGAACAGGGAGAUAUGCUGUUGCGCACGUGUCGGUGCGGGGGAUACUACAUUCUUCCGGAGGAUGUGCAGCCGGGCGAAUCGAUCUACGUUUCGUGCGAUGAGUGUUCAUUGAUAGUGCAGGUUAAUACAGCGCCGCAGCGUUAA